CUGCUCCCAGAAGGCCGCGCGCGGGCCGCGGCCAGUCCAGUCAGGUGGGCGCCAGGCCCCUACCCCGGCGAGAGCGCCGGUGGAGGCGAGAGACCCACGUUGGAAGAGGUCGCCUGGCGACUCCCGCGCGGGCGGGACCGGGCGGCCGGCGACAUGACCUUGUUCCACUUCGGGAAUUGCUUCGCCCUCGCCUAUUUCCCCUACUUCAUCACGUACAAGUGCAGCGGCCUGUCUGAGUACAACGCCUUCUGGAAAUGCGUCCAGGCCGGGGUCACCUACCUCUUUGUGCAGCUAUGCAAGAUGCUGUUCUUGGCCACUUUCUUCCCCACCUGGGAAGGUGGCAUCUAUGACUUCAUUGGGGAGUUCAUGAAGGCCAGCGUGGAUGUGGCAGACCUAAUAGGCCUAAACCUUGUCAUGUCCCGGAAUGCSGGCAAGGGGGAGUACAAGAUCAUGGUUGCUGCCCUGGGCUGGGCCACCGCCGAGCUCAUUAUGUCCCGCUGCAUCCCCCUCUGGGUUGGAGCCCGGGGUAUUGAGUUUSACUGGAAAUACAUCCAGAUGAGCAUUGACUCCAACAUCAGUCUGGUCCAUUACAUCGUUGCCUCUGCCCAAGUCUGGAUGAUAACACGUUAUGACCUGUACCAUACCUUCCGGCCAGCUGUCCUCCUGCUGAUGUUCCUUAGUGUCUACAAGGCCUUUGUCAUGGAGACCUUCGUCCACCUCUGCUCCCUGGGCAGCUGGACAGCACUGCUGGCCCGAGCAGUGGUAACAGGGCUGCUAGCCCUCAGCACUUUGGCCCUGUAUGUCGCCGUUGUCAAUGUGCACUCCUAGGACUGGUGACCUUUUCCCUGCCUCUCUCCAGGUUGUUUUAGUGAAGUAAACAGUAUUUGGAAAGUU